CUGCAGACCGCGAGAAGUCAUGCUGCCACGGUCUGUGAGUGCCGCCGCCGCAGCGUGCCGCCGCUCCGUCCGCCUGCACGCCGCGUGCCGCUCCAUCCGGAUCAUGGCGGCCGACCGAGUGCCUGGAGUAAAAUCUGUGAGCGGUGCCCCGGUGUUGCAGCCCGUCUCGGCUCAGGCGGCGGCGGCCGCCGCGAAGAUGGAGGCGGCGGUGCGGGCGCAGCGGCAGCAGCGCGCCCGCGCGCUGGAAGAGGCGCGAGAGGAGGCGCGAGUGGAGGCGAUGCCGCAGCAGCAGUCCGGCGGCCACCUCCGCUCGCUGCGCUCGGCGCUCGACCGGAGGAUCGACGGUCAGUCGGCGGCGAAGGACGUCGUCGGGCGGGCGCUGCGCCGCCGGCUUCUCGGCCUCUCCGACGCGGACCGGCCGCUGCGGCUGCUCUUUGCUGGCCCGUCGGGCGUCGGCAAGACGGAGCUCGGGAUUGCAUGUUGCGAGGCGCUGCUGGGGAGGUGCCUCCCCGACCGCAACUUUCGGAGGUGGAACCUGAGCGAGUUUUCGCACCCGAGCAAGUUCAACCGGCUGACGGGCGGCGACCCGAACUACGUCGGGUACAAGGAGGGCGGCGAGCUGACCAACUUCAUCCGGCAGGCGGAGGAGCGACGCGCGCAGCGCAAGGGCGGCGCCGGGACCGAGCACACCUCGUGCGUCAUUCUCUUCGACGAGGUGGACCGCGCGGCCGACGGGCUGCUCACCUUCUUGAUGAACUUUCUCGACUCGGGCGCAAUCGCGUCUGGGUCUGGCGAGACGGUGGACGCGACAAAGGCCCUCAUCGUCAUGACGACAAACUGCGGCCGCAACGCGAUCAACGCCGCCUGCGAGCGCGAGAUGAUGCGCGGGAUCCGCCGCGAGGUGCUGCGCGAGAUUUGCGACGGGCGGUGGGAGAACUUGGGCCGGCUCGGCUCCGUCGUGCCGUUCACGCCGCUCCGGGGCGAGGGGCGCCGCUCCGUCGUCACGCGGCAGCUGGACGCGGUCUCGGAGCGGCUCCGCGCUUCGUGGGGCGGCGCGGCGCCAUCACUGCGCCUCUCGCCGCGGCUGGUCGACUUUGUGUGCGAGCGGUGGGAGGACGACCUCGGCGGCCGCUCCACGCGCGACUUCAUCGAGGAGACGGUCGUCGAGGCGCUCGCCGAGGCGCUCGACGGCGAGAGGGGCGCGCUGACGGCGCAGCACCAGCUGCUGCUCGACGUCGCGCCCGGCGAGCGAGCGGGUGGCGGAGAGCGGGUCGCCGCACGCGUGUGCGCGGCGCCCGAGGAGCUGAGCGAACCGCAGGUGGCGUCGUGA